AUGCUUCGUAUGGCGCGCGAGAAAAAAAGGCAACAUGUCGUGCCCAGAGGUUCUCUACUUCCUCGUAAUACCCCGGUGCGGGCCCGGGUCCCACGCGGCACGUUACCGCAGGACGGCGGCGACGGCGGCGGUGACCACGGCGCGCUGGUGUUUGCGGCCGUUUUGAUGCCAUCCGACACACCACAAUGGCAUGACGCCCGCCUUGGCCCCGUGCGCUGCGUCCCGCACGACCGUCCCAUGACCCGUAUGAUGCUCGUAUAUACGUAUGUCCAAUGUCUUUGGUCUUUCCUUGGCCGAAAUUUGUCUGCUGACGACGCGGGCCUUGGGGUGACUAUUGACCAUGUCGUCGCCGUCGUCGUCGCCGUUGAGAUUGAGAUGGGACACAUUCAUGUAAAUCGUCAGGCGCGCCGUCGUUGCUAAUCAGGGACGAGCCCUCGUUCUCGUCCACCCCCCGCUAGAGUCUCGGCCGCAGUUUGAUGAGGAUGCGAGGGGGGGCCCCACGGUGCAACGUGCGUGCGUGCGUCUGCGUUGCAUUGGUACUUGACCAACCGUCGCGCCUAACAGAACAGGUGCUGGUCCUGCUAGCAUUAUUACUGGUCCUUUGUAGCCACCAGAGAUAAAAACGGGCAAGCAAGGGGCGAACGUCGCUGUUGGGCCCGAUGGUGAUGAUGGACGUCUGUGUGUGUGUCUAUCUGUCACGCUGCAUGUUCAGUAGAUGCGCCAAGUCCUGCACCUGUUCGAAAGCAAAGCAAGGCAUGCGUUUCGCCGCUCACAUGCUGUAAUCCAUAUAUAUGCUGUACCACAAUCCUGCCAGUUUACAUCUGUCGCAC